GCUUCAGCCUGGGCAGACUGUGGCGGUGAAGUAUGGCGAGGACGCGCUCUGGCACGAACGGCUUCUGGUCGGCACGAGUGUUGAGGAGUUGGGGGCGUCGCCAGGCUGGAACUGGCGCAUCAUCACGCCUGACGGAGAUGAGUAUGACGAGGCGCUGGGUGGCAGCCAGCCGGGGCCGCAUCGGCUCGCGAUGCUUUCGCUCGACGGGAGCCCGCCUAGAGUGCUGCGCGGAAAGUUCUACAGGUUCAAGGAGUACCCGACCGACGAGCAGCUGGUGCGGAAGGCGGUGGAGCACUACCGCAUGCAGGCCCUGGCUGGGACUCCCCAGCGCUUGCCCGACGACUACGUGGCCAGCGCCGGGGAGGUGGCGCCGUGGCCCGACGAGGUGGUGGGGCCAGCCGACGGCGUGGACGCCCCUGCGGGCUCGUGCACGAUGCUGAAGCAGUACGCCAAUGACCUGUGCGUCAAGUGCCAGCCGUUGAAGAUGUCCGAAGCGGAUGGCCGCGUCCGUGAGCUCCUCGCUCUGAUGGCUGCGGCGGUGAAGCCCACGAUCCACGAGAGCGACGCGGGCGGCGGGAAGGGCACAGACACUCCAAUCGCUGGGCCACCCGCCGCGGUCGCCGAGGACUGUCGCACCUUGUGGGUAGACUUCGACCCCCGGGGUGAGCGGUUCAAGGAGUGGAGGCAGGUGUGUCCGGAGCCCCGCUCAGAGAAGUGGGGCGACGGGCCCGUGGAAGGGCCGGCCUCGCUGCUGCGCUGGAUGAGCCAGACCUCCCGCAAUGGCGGCAAUCCGAAGGUGGUGUAUAUUGGGGGUGCCCAUAACCAGCUGAAUAUGCCGGCGUUGCAGAGCUUCGAGCGCAUCAGCCGUCGGAUCGCCACCAUCGUGGAUGCCUACAGUGGCUCAGGCGCUCCUUCGUGGCGGAUGGCUCGACAUUAUGAGGGUGUCAUGGGAGUGCUGGACAGCGUGUCCCCCGCGCUCCGUCAGUGGGGCCCCAGGGAGGCGAAAGACGAGAAUGAGCUGAACACGGCCCGCGCGCGCAACCUGAAGGGCGGGGCCGACGAAGAAGAUGAGGGAGCUGGCGGCGGCGAAGGAGACAGCGAACCUGAAGGGCCGUGGCCGCGGCUCCGCCCCAAAGCCAUGACGGCUCACGGGGGCCGGGAGAUCGCCCCCGACCCGGAGAAGCCCGAGCGCCUCGUUGGCCGUGGAGGACGUAGGCGCGGCCACUACUUCCUGGAGCGGGAGGGCGAGCGCAUGCUUAUGCCCGUUGUCGAGGUCAUGGCCGAUCUCGAGCGCGACGGCGCUCGUUGCUACUGCGACCCCGCCUUGGUGAAGCACAGGACUGUGCACGUGACUUUGUUGAAGGAUCUGAUGUGCCGCGGGCUGCUCGAUUUCAUGCUCGAGCCGCUCGAGAACUCUGGCAUCUUCUGCGUCUGGAAGAAGGGCCGCGAACGACGGCGACUUAUCCUAGACGCGAGGCGAUCCAAUCAGCGGUUCAGGCGGCCGCCUAGCGUGGACCUGAUCACCGCGGAGGGCCUCAGCAGCAUCGAGUUCGAUACGGGCCCGGGCGAAGAGCUCGACGACGAGCUGGUGACGUCCUCGGCCGAACGACUCUCGGUGACGGCGGGCGUGGCCGACGUGAAGGGCGCGUUCCACAGGCUGAGGGUGCCGCUCUUCUUGCGGCGCUACUUCUGCUUCCCCUCGGUGCGCAGCGGCGCAGUCGGCUUGGCUGGCCAUGUCGUGGAGGGCGUCGCGCUGACGGGCAACGAACAGGUGUGGCCUUUUCCCGUCGCUUUCCCCAUGGGCUUCUCCUGGAGCCCGUUCUUCUGCCAGGUGUCGGGGGAGGAGCUGGCUUGCGCUGUGCCGCCGCUAAGCCCCCACAGCCUCCUGCGAGAUCGCGGACGGCCGUUGGCGCUGGGAUGCGAGCGCGGAGAGGCUCUCCGCCACUACAUCUACGUGGAUAACAUGGGGAUCGCGGGGGCAGAGUCGCAGCGCGCCAGGUCGACGCUUGACGGAGUGACCGCGGCUUUCAUGCGGGAGGGGCUGCUGGUGCACGAGCAGGCCGCGACGUCGGGCGUGUCCGACGCGCUGGGCGUCGAGAUCGACGGGCAGCCGAUGCAGACCCGAGCCUCGGGGAAGUGGCGGCUGCGGGCGCGGCGGGCCAUCGCGGGGCUGCUGCAGCGCGGCCGGUGUUCAGGGGGCGCUCUGGAGGCCCUGCUGGGCCACCUGGCGUUCCUUGCGAUGGCUCGGCGACCUGUCCUCUCCUGCUUCCACUCCUGCUAUGCUUUCGUGCAGAAGAACUACCCCAUCAGCGCCCGACUGUGGCCAAGCGUGGUCGAAGAGCUCCAGCGCCCCGUGGGCACGGCGGCCGCCGCCCGCAAGCGUGCGCUGGAGCAUCCCGCGAAGGCGGGCGAGGAGCAGAAGCCGAGGCGGCGUCGGCUGUUGCCUGGCGCUCCUCUGCCGGGAGGUUGUGCGACGACGGCCGCGCGGACCCUGCCGGCAGCGUGGGAGACACUCGUGGGGCACGGGCAGACGUUCCGCGCCACCCGAGCCGCCGGGCGGUCGCGCUUGGGUGCUGCAGCGUCAAUCAGCUCGAGCAGCACUGGCACCGCGGGCGGGAGGCGCUGCAGCGUCAAUCAGCUCGAUCAGCUCAAUCAGUCAUCCGAGGGCGCCGCGCCGCCGGCGGGAGGCCGCGAGAGGGUGCUCUGGAGGCCCCGCAAGCGGCGGGUGCUGGCCCAUGUGGAAGAGGCCUGGGACAUGCUGAGCGCAGGCACGAGUCUCCUCGAGCAGAAGGCGGCGCAGCAGCAGACCCGCAAGCAGUACCAGGAGGAGUUGGACCGCUGGCAGGAGCUCGCAAAUCUCGGAGACCUCAAGCUCGUGAGCGACGAGAAGGUGGACGAGAUGCUGGUGCGCUACUUCGAGCGGGACUUCUUCCUGGGAGAGCAGGCUCAUCGCGGGGCCAAGCUGCUCGCCGCGCUGAUGCAUGCGGAGCGGGGGUUUGGCCGGAACGGCAGCCGCCGGGUGCCGCGAGCAUGGCGCGCCCUGAAGGGGCGUGAGUACUACCUGAGGCCGAGCAGUUUGCUGGCCCUGGGGCCAGAGAGCUGCCUCGCGCCGAAGCGGCCCGACGGCCGCUGGAGCCUGCUGGCGCACCCCGCGGAGCGCGGGGUGCCAGACAAGAUCGGAGAGUUCGACCACUCGAUGCUGCUGGGCAGCAGUUGGCUCCAGUUCAUAUCCCCUCUCCUGCGUACCUUGUCAAGGCAGGCGGAGGAAAGGGCGGUCUGGGGAUUCGCGUAUUACGACUAUCUGAAGGUGUUCACGGAGUGUGCGAAGUCCCUGGGCGUCAAUGUGGUACUGUACCAGACCAGGCAUUUUGGGGCCUCGAUCGAUCGGGAGUCUCGAGCGAGAACAUUGGUCGAGGUCAAACAGAGAGGGGGCCGGAAAGCGGACAGCAGUGCGAUGAUAUACGAGAAGCACGCUCGAUUUCGCCACAGCGAGUUGCGCCACAACAGAGACCUCAGCGAGCAUCUCCAGGCAUGCGAGCGACACUUAGAGGACAUGAUCCUGCGGGGCAAGAUGGUAACUC